GUUGCUGAAUUUGCGAUAAAACCGUACUGGCUGCUGUCGUCACCCCUCACAUCCAGAUAUAUAAAGUGAUAGCUGGUCUUCGUUUCUUCUUGAAAAAAGCAUACCAAUUCUUUGUGCACUGACAACAUCACUAGGCCAUCUUUAAAUCCCACCGAUUUUACCAUGUCUGACACCACCGCUUACCCCGCGCUCUGCGUGCUCUGGAAUUUGUCCAAGGUUCCUCACAAGCUCGUCGAGAUUGACCUGAAAAACAAGCCUGACUGGUACCAUCUCGUCAACCCCCAGCUCAAGUUUGUCGCUGACCAGUUCCCUGAAUCUCAGCUGAUCCCCACCGACGCUAUCGAGCGUGCCCAGCUGAGACUCUUUGUUGAAAUCUUCAGCAGCCGUGUGAUUCCUCAUAUUUUUGGCUCCCUGAGGGCCGGCACCAAGGAUGCUCAGGAGGAGCAGAUCCAGAAGCUUCUGAGCGGUCUGCGUGAAGUCAGCGACGAGCUGGUCAAGCAGUGGGAGCGCCCAAGCGGCAAGAGUGGACCGUUCUGGUUCGGUGACAAGUUUUCGCUUGCCGAGGUCGACACUGUGUCGUUUGUCAAUCUGUUUGCUGGCCCGAAGCACUACCGUGGACUGGUCAUCCCCGAAACCGAUGAGUAUGCUGCAUAUCACAAGUGGGUGGCGGCAUUCUCGCAGCAUCCCCUGUAUACUGCUUUCCAGUCCUCCGACGAGGCUAUUGUGCAGGGUAUGAAGAAGUUUAUCCUCUGAAAGCAGACACCUUUGGACACAAAAUACCUCCAUGUGUCCAUGUUUUAUUAGUAUUUAUGAAACCAAUAAAUAACAACCUUACG